GCGCCACGUGUCUUAAAAAUUUUCAUUAUUUAGCUGGAGGUUAAGGAAGUUAACUGAUAAAACCAAAAGAAAAGAGGUAACGCUGUAUUAUUAAAAUCCAACGGUCAAGUGAACGGGUUUCUGGUUUCAUCGGGCGGCAGGCAUGUGCACAUCAUGUGAUUCACUAAAGAGAAGUAAAAGGAUAAAAAUACCCCAUGUACAUGCACACCCGUCCGGACACCAACUCCCCAACGGUCAUAUUUCACCGACAUCCUCAACGGUCACUUGGACUUUGCUUUCUCCACCGUCUGAUCCCAAUCCCACGGCCCACACACUCAGUUUCCCCAGUCUUCUCGAACGACCUUUUUCAGUCAUCAUUUUUUUUUUUCGAGUGCUGGGUAAAACCGAACAGGUCUACAGAAUUUAGAAAAGCAAUGAUAUCGAGACGGCAAUGGAAGUUAUACCAGAAGUAGCAGUAUAGUAGUUGUAGGAAGGAGUAGAGUGGGAGAGAGGGAUAGCUAGCGGGAGAGAGAAAGAGAGAGAAGCAAGAACCUUGGUAUAUAAAAACACAAUCCUUUACUGGUUUUUGGUUUCUUUGGGUAGCCAGGGAUGAGAACUGUGUCUCUCCUUUAAUCACUUGUUCAUGCAUCCUGGGGCUUCUGGCUUUUGCUUUUGGUUUCGUUUCAGCCAUCAUGGAGUUGCUGCAAACUUCAAAUGUUAAUGUGGAACCAAAGAUUUCUGUUGAUUUCAGAAACCAAAUUGAGCAAGUAUGUUUUUGCAUUCCUAUUCCACAAAUGAAUUGCGUUGUUGAUAGAGUUCAAAGCUUUUUCCAAUGAGUUUGUUUUGAAGGUUUUGGAAUCCGAUGAUUGUUUUCUCGUAAGUGUUUGAUUCAUUAAUCUUAAAAUUCUUUCAUUCUUUGGGGCUGAGGGAUUUUUUUUUUCAUAUUCUUUUUGUUGUUUAUUGAUUGCAUACUUACAUUGUUAUAUAGAAACACUUAUAUUGACAGAAACCUUUUCGUUUUGAUUUUUUUUUUUUGUUUGUUUUUAUUCAUCGGAUUUCUAUUCUUUUUAAUUGCUUGCUUAAAAGAAAUUCACACACUCACAUUAGUCUGUCUCUCUUGAUCUCUGUUUUUAAAUAUACACAUCCAAAGUUUUUAUCUGAACGCAGAAUCUAUAAACUCAAUAAACCAUUUGUUUCAUAGUUCAAAAUUUGUCAUAGAAUCAAAGAGAGAGAGGGACAAAAAUAGAAGAGAAUAGGGUGGGUGAAUCACACAAAAAAAUCAGACAGUGGAAAAUUUGUAAGGUUGUAGAGGAUGUUGGCUGGGUGUUCUAGUUCCACAUUGCUGUCACCUAGGCAUAGAUUAAGGAGUGAGUCACCUGCACAGUUUCAAGCUUGCCAUUUCCAGUUACCUUCAAUGAGCACACAGAGAUUGGACUUGCCAUGUACUUUCUCUCGUACAGAAUCGUCGCGGCCACAGCCCAUUAGGCCUGUCGGUGUUGGUCUAUCUGUUGAUAAAUCACUUGAGUCCAAGACCAGCAGUUGCUCUCUCAAGCGGAAUAUCAGGCUCCCACCAUUAGCAACAAGCACUCAAUCAGAGAAAGAUGAAUUUUGGGAGAAGGGUAAGAGCUUGAAGAGGCUUGCAGAGCAGGGUUCACUUGAUGACUCUUGUACUAACAGGGCUAAGAGAAAAAGGGGUAGCAAUGAUAAUGGAAAAUCCGGUGAUGUUCAUGAAGGUGGAGAUACUUUGACUUUAGGCCAGUUGGGAAGCGGCAACUUUUGGUUUCAAUCAGGUUUUGAAGUACCUAGAGCCCUAAACCCUCCACAAGCUCCUUUCUCUUUGACAUGCUCAGGAGAUGAGGAAAGGGUCUGUUUUGUGCCUGGCGAGGUGAUUUCGCCACCUUGUCCAUUGUCCAAAAAUCCAUGGUUGGGCUCUGUUGUAACUGAGAUCACUGACCUAGGCGAGAAAGAGGGAGAGAGUAGCCAAAGGCCGGCAAAAGAAGCCUCGGGCUCAAGUCCAUCAUCAGAGAGUCAUGUUUUGGGCCUUAGGCUAAGCGAGAAAGUUGUGGAGCAUGAAGUAGGUAAUGGCUCUAGGAAUCCUCAUCCACAAGAAGGCACCACGGCGGAAGCCGCAGAGGAGAAUCACCAGGAGUAUCAAGCAUUUGAGCUGGUUAGCUUCCUUACAGCAUGUGUUGAAGCAAUUGGGUCCAAAAAUAUGGCAUUGAUCAACCAUUGUAUAGCUAAAUUGGGGGAUCUUGCUUCUCCAAAAGGAACAGCUUUUAGCCGCCUUAGUGCUUACUAUACUGAGGCUUUAGCUCUUAGAGUUACAAGGCUUUGGCCUCAUGUAUUUCACUUCACCACUCCCCGAGAGUUUGAUCGAGUUGAUGAUGAUUCUGGAACAGCAUUGAGGCUUUUGAAUCAGGUGAGCCCAAUUCCCAAGUUUAUUCAUUUCACAGCAAAUGAGAUAUUGCUGAGAGCUUUUGAGGGGAAAGACAGAGUUCACAUUAUAGACUUCGACAUAAAGCAAGGGCUUCAAUGGCCUAGUUUGCUUCAAAGCCUGGCGUCUAGGACUAAUCCUCCUAGCCAUGUUAGAAUCACAGGCAUAGGCGAGUCCAAGCAAGAACUGAAUGAGACGGGUGAUAGGCUUGCUGGAUUUGCCGAAGCAUUAAACCUGCAUUUUGAGUUCCAUCCAGUUGUGGAUAGGUUAGAAGACGUGAGGCUGUGGAUGCUCCAUGUGAAGGAGGGGGAGUGUGUUGUUAUAAAUUGUAUUUUCCAAAUGCACAAGACACUUUAUGAUGGAAAUGGAGGAGCAUUAAGGGAUUUCUUGGGACUUAUUAGAAGCACAAACCCCUCAAUAAUCCUUAUGGCAGAGCAAGAAGCAGAACACAACGCCCCUAAUUUGGAAGCAAGAGUGUGCAAUUCUUUGAAGUACUACUCUGCAAUAUUUGACUCUAUUAAUUCUAGCGUUCCAUUAGACAGCCCAGUUAGGAUCAAAAUAGAGGAGAUGUUUGCUCGGGAAAUUAGGAAUAUAGUUGCUUGUGAAGGAAGUGAUAGGCUUGAAAGGCAUGAGAGUUUUGAGAAGUGGAUAAAGUUGAUGGAGCAAGGCGGACUCCGGUGCAUGGGAGUUAGUGAGAGGGAAGUGCUGCAAAGCCAAAUGUUGUUGAAGAUGUACUCUUGUGAGGAUUAUAGGGUUAAACAAAGACAGGAUAGAGCAGCACUUACUCUAAGUUGGUUGGAUCAGCCUCUCUAUACAAUCUCUGCGUGGGCGCCUCUAGAUGUUGUGGGAAGCUCAUCCUCUUUUUCUCAGCCAAGUUGAUUCUCUUUUUCUCAGCCAAGUUGAUUGCUGGAGGUUUCUUUUUCUUCAUACAUACCAUCAAAUUUUAUUCCAUUCUUGCACACAGAAAGGGACACUAAAUUCUUUGUAGGUAGCAAAAGCAUUAUACUUUCAUUCUUUUGUUGCAGAUAAGAUAGUGCGAGAACCAUUUGUAUGAAGUACAGCAGUUUCAUACUUAUUUCAGUUCUUUGCAGACCAGAUUUCUAGGUUUCAGUCCAUAGAAUUUGGGGCAGUUUUAUGUUUAUUAUUCUUUGAUUCUUUAUGUAUUAUUAUGUAUUGAUUGAUGAAAUUCUUUGUACCACUGCCAUUACAUUGUUCAUUUUAUUUGUUGGAAAGUUAUUAGAGCUUAUGUACUUGAGAAUUGAAAACUCGUGUAUGAAAUGAUUUAUUUGAUUUGUGUUUA